AUGUCAAUGGCGUGGCCUGAUUUUGAGGCGUGGAUGUCGAAGAAACUGGCGUCCUACAACCCUGAGGAGGAGUUGAUCAAAUCUUUCAAGGCUUUUGACCGGUCGAACGACGGCACCGUGUCUGCGGACGAGCUUUCUCAAGUUAUGCUCGCUCUCGGCGAGUUGCUUUCCGACGAAGAAGUCAAGGCCAUGAUCAAGGAAGCCGACCCGAACGGCACUGGCAAGAUCCAGUACGCCAACUUUGUCAAGAUGCUGCUGAAAUAA